CCAUGCCCACCACGCAGAGCUUCGCCCUGGACCCCAAAUAUGCCACCCCCAAGGUGAUCCAGGCGCAGGGCAAGGACUGCUCCAAGGGCCCCUGCAUCCUGCCCAUCGUGAAGGAUGGGCAGAAGGUCAGCAGCACCCACUACUACCUGCUGCCCGAGCGCCCUGCCUACCUGGACAAGUACGAGAAGUUUUUUAAGGAGGCCAAAAGCCCUGAGGAGGCGCUCACGUCCCGCCCGGUCACGACAGCCACCGUCCGUCCCAUGGUGCAGCAGCUGCCGCCGCCAGACUGCAAGGCCAACUUCUCCUCCAACAACAGCAACCUUGGGCCCAAGUGCCUGGUGAAGGCCUCCUGCAGCCUCCAGAAGAUCGUCUACGAUGGACCGGAUGGCUCACCGACAAGAUCCGGCUGGUGCAGGACACGGUGCACGGUGUGACCACCGAGGAGUGCCAGACAGCCCUGCAGAACCACGGCUGGAGCAUUCAACGGGCCGUCCAGUACCUGAAGGUGGAGCAGCUUUUCUGCCUGGGGCUGAAGUCCCGCAUCGAGUGCCAGCGGGUGCUGGAGAUGUUCGACUGGAACCAAAACCUCCUCGAUCCCUACAGCACUGCCCGCCAGAAGCGGUGACAGCAAGGAUGGGGCAAGCAUCGGAUC